GCCCGGCAGGCCUAGCCAGAGACAUCUCAUUGGUCUGUAGAGUUGUGCUUUCUCUUUCAUUUCCAGCGCUCAGACUUCUCUAGCUUCUCUAGCUUGGAGUCGAAAAUACCUUGAAGUUCUGGAUUGUCACAUAGGCACCUGUGCAAAAGUCUGAGGAGUCAAGACAGUCAGACACAGGGUCACAGCAACGAUGGCUUCAGAAUUCAUGGCGAAUUUAAAGGAGGAGGUGACCUGUCCUAUCUGUCUGGAGCUGAUGGUGGAACCCCUGAGUGCAGAUUGUGGUCACAGCUUCUGCCGAGCCUGCAUCAUGCUGAACUAUGAAUCCAGCAAAUGCAAAGAGGGAGAGUUCAUUUGCCCUGUGUGCCGAGUUAGUUACCUGUUUAGGAAUCUGAGGCCUAAUCGACAUGUGGCCAACAUAGUAGAAAGCCUCAAAGAGUUCAAGUCCAGCCCAGAAGAGAAGCAGAAGGUGUUUUACUGUGCAAGGCAUGGAGAGAAACUCCAGCUCUUCUGUAAGAAGGACAUGAUGGCCAUCUGCUGGCUUUGUGAGCGAUCCCAGGAGCACCGGGGACAUGAAACAGCUCUCAUUGAAGAGGUGGCCCAGGAGUGCAAGGAGAAGCUGCAGGCAGCUCUGCAAAAGCUGAUGGCAGACAAGAAAGAAUUUGAGAACUGGAAAGAUGAUCUUCAAAAGGAGCGAAAUUGUUGGGAGAAUCAAAUACAGAAAGAUGUGGAUAAGGUUCAAUCAGAGUUUAAACGAAUGAGAGAUAUCAUGGACUCUGAGGAGGAGAAUGAAUUGAAGAAGCUAAAGCAAGAGAAGGAAGACUUUCUCAACAGCCUGGCAGAGUCUGAAAAUGAGCAUGCUCAGCAGAGCAAGGUACUAGUUGACCUCAUCUCAGAUGUGGAACAUCAGUUACAGUGCUCAGCCACGGAAAUGCUGCAGGGUACGGACAGCAUCAUAAAACGGAGUCUAAAUUUUUCGAUGGGGAAGCCCAGAACCAUCCCCAGGAAACAAAGGAGAGUGUUUCGAGCUCCUGAUCUGCAAGGCAUGCUGCAAGUGCUGCAAGAGGUCACAGAGGCCCAGCGCUACUGGGUUCAAGUGACGCUGGUUCAAAACAACAAUCCAAACAUUGCCAUUACUGAUGACAGAAGACAAAUUCGAUAUGAAGACCAUGAAGUAAGAAAUUUUGCCCAUGAGCGUGAAAACUGUCAUGAGGGCGUCCUGGGAUACCCAGCUAUCCAAUCAGGAAAACAUUACUGGGAAGUAGAUGUGUCUGGAAAAGGUGCUUGGGUUCUGGGAUUAAGUGAUGGAAGCUACCUCUUUAAUCCAAUAUUUUGUUCCAAUGCUGAAAGAUCCCCCUUAUUUCAUUUGGGGAUUAGUAAUAAUUCACAUUAUCAACCUAAAUAUGGCUUCUGGGUUAUAGGGCUGUCGAAAAAGUCUGUGUAUAAUGCUUUUGAGGAGUGUACUUUCACAGGCAAGCGCAGUGUCUUGACCCUGUGUCUGAUGGUCCCACCCAGUCGUGUUGGUGUUUUCCUUGACUAUGCAGCUGGCACUCUCUCCUUUUACAACAUUUUCAACCAAGGGACUCUUAUCUACAGAUUCUGUACAAGUUCCUUUCCUGAUAGGGUUUUUCCAUAUUUUAAUCCCAUAGGAAGUUCAGAGCCAAUGACAAUAUGCUGGCCGGACUCUUAACCUUCGUCUGUUUCUGCGCAGGAUUUCUGGCUCUGAUGUGUAGUCAUAUGCCUGAGCUCAUCAGUACCAUUUUAUCUUUUUUUUUUCCUGUCUCUGUGUUCUGUGUGAAUGUCUUUCACUGGUAAAUAGGAUACAUUCAUUUCUCUAGGUCAUAUUCAUCUCAGUUUCUUGUUUUUUGUUUGUGUGUGUGUGUGUAUUUUGUUGCUGUUAUUGCUCCUGUUGCUGUUGUUUUGUUUUUUUUUUUUAUAGAUGACAAUAGUAAAUCACUUCCCAUAUGUCUGAGUGCUCACUAUAUACGAUAACACUGUUGCAAAAUUCUUCUCUUAUUCUUCAUGCCAGAGAUGGAAGUCAAGGCCUUGUGUGUGUAUAUAUAUAUGAUAUAUAAUAAAUCUAUAUAUAAUAAAAUAUAUAUAUGUACACACACACACACUUAUCAACUACUAAAUUGUUAACUCACAUUAUUUUUAGUAAUAAUGACAAUUGUAGUAAAUUUAUAUUUUGCUAUAUUGUAAAACAUAAACAAGAGUAUUACUAGGGACUUGGAUCGUUUCAGACAUGUGACUGUCAGUCCAAUAUGGUGUCUUAUUCAUUUUGGAGACCUUAUCACUAUGACUAAAUUAAGUGAUCAUUAAGAUCAUGUAUCAGAACCUUGCAUGGGAGCUCAUACCUGCUGUCCUGCAUCUGGGAAGUUGUGGCAGGAAGAUUGUAUUUGAAGCCACCCUUGUAUACAGAGCAAGACUCUGCUUAAAAUAAUAAAGAAUAUAUAUUGGUUCAUUUUAAAACCACAACUCCAUUUGUUUUAAGAAAUGGAAUAAGGAGAUUGCAGAAUUGUAGGUUUUGGUUUGUAUGUACAAUUUGUAAAUAAAUGUUUCUGUUUGCUAAAAAUAAAUGUUCUUAAAUUCA